AUGAAGCUCUCCGGCAUCAUUUCCUCGUUUUUCUCCUUUUCUUUCUCGCUUCCGGCGCAGAAUCACGGCGAUUUCAACGCGACGCAAAUGCUUCUCGACGCGCACAUCGAUCCAAACCAGCUGGUCCUUUCUCGUCGUCGACCGAGCUAUAUCGGCGAGCGAUUGGGCGGACAGUGGGACAUCAUCAGCUCCACUUAUUCGAAAAUGAAGUCGGGUUUCGAGCUCUCGACGACGGAAAGACGCGAAUUCGGAACAGCACGAAAACUGCUCCAAUUGGCGGAAAUGGUCAAGCAAGUCCAACGAACCGACUAUCUUUUCGAGAGAUAUUGUUUCUACGGAUGCCACUGCAUUCCCGGCUAUGCUGUUCAUGACUCGACAGCUGGAAAAGGGCCGGCGCAAGAUGGAAUCGACUCUGUUUGCUCAAGACUGAAACAGUGCUACUGGUGCGCAAAUGAUGAGUCAGAUGGUCAAUGCGAUGGAACUAUGAAGAGUUACUCCUGGAGCGUCGUCGACAACGACGGCGACGGAAAAGCCGAUGACAUCGUUUGUUACAACACUCCCAAUACCUGCCGAUGGAAAUUGUGCCAAUGCGACAGACAGUUCGCGCUUCAGUUGAGAGAAGUCGAGGAGACGUACAAUCCGCUCCUGAGUGAGGAAAAUGAUUUCGACCGACAGGCUACUUGCCACGUCCCUGGAAAUGGAGGAGAUAAUCGCAAAAAGUGCUGCGGAAAUUACAGUAACAAUUUCCGACUGAUCUUCAACCCAAAUCGCCAACAAUGCUGUAGCGAGGAGUUUUCUGACAUCAAAGAAAUUGGAACUUGCGAAUAG